AUGGAAGCUCACAAGCCAGAGUAUCAACAUUUCAUUCCUCAGUUCCUACUGAGAAACUUCUCUCACAAAUAUGCACCCCCCGGAAAGUCCAAAGAGGGGAAAUCCAAGAAGCGCGACCCCAGGAAGAAGAUGUACCCUGGAGACCAAGCGGUGAACAGCCUUUGCCUAUCUGAUGAUGAAUUUUCCUUUGAUGAAUGUUCGGUAAGGCGCACUUGUGGCUUGGAAAAUAUGUAUGUGAAUCCGACAAAACCGUUGCAAGACCAUGGUCAUCUUGAGAAAAAGUUCGCCGUCCUUGAGAACAAAGCGAGCUGCAUCUAUCGCAAAAUUAUCAAUGCCUAUAAAGAUGGAAAGCCGGCUAUAGUGCUGAAGAGAACGGAGAAAGAUGUAUUGCGAAAGUUCGUUUUCUUACUCGCCGAUCGUGGAGAGCAAUACCACCGAAAGUACAACUUAGACAGCAUGCAGGAUUAUGAUCAUGGCGACAAGGAGCUUUUACAACACUACAUGGCAAAGCACGGCUUCACCAAACCGAUUGAUGUCUGGUUUCAGAGCUUGGAGACGAUUAUAGAUUUGGACAUUGACACAGAGGGAUGUUGGAAACGGCACAUUAGCGAGAGCAUUUACUUCCCCAUCGCCGAUUCGUUUAUUGACUACAUCUGCGAUAUGUACAUGGCUAUCUGCACACUAGUGAACCAUGAUGAAGAGUUUGUUCUUACAGACAAUUGCUAUAACGUGAGGGAGGGGCGGACUGUUGCUUAUUUUGAUAUUAGUACAGGCAAGCAUACCAGUAUGGGUCCUUGCUUUCACAGAUUUGCACCGAUUUCUCCGAGGCUUAUAAUAGUCCUACGGUCUGCUUAUCUGCCUGAGCCACUUGAGGAUGCGGAUCCGGCCAUUAAGGAGUGGCGGCAAUUCCAGAGGCAGCUGUGGAUUGACUCUAUCUUUGGCAGCGGAAUUGAAUCUAUUCUGGAAGAUCUCCCUAUCCGAAAAGCAACAAAUAGCUACAUGGAAAUAGUCAACGGGAGGCUAGCGCCAAGAUCUGGACGGAACCACCGCUUGGGUAUAAAUGACAGUUUCUGCUUUACAAUCUUUAAAAUACCUACUCGCCAUGUCCGAACCAUCAAUGGCCUCCUAAUUGAUCACGCGUUCCAUGGCUCGAGGAUCAUUUUCAAUCGGAAAGACAUCUUCCUGGACUUGAUGGAAUGGUAUUUAACAGAACCGUGCGAGGUGGGGAAAAAUUUAACGGGAAAGAACGUACCUAAACAGUUAAGGUACAUUGAAGGCUUGUCUAAGUUUAUGUUACGUGAAGGAAGGGAGAUUAACCCUAGAAUAAUCUUUUGGCCAAGUGAGGAUCGCGACCUGAAUCACUUCCAGCUUAAGAACAUUGCUGGAGCGCGGUUCUUGGAAGGGGUGAGGUCAAGGAAGGACGGCAUGGGUUCUGGUUUUGACGCAAUUUAUGAGAGACUGGGUGGGACAGUGGCGACUCUUGAUGAAGACAUGGCAAUAGCCAAUACCAUGCUCCAGAUCUGGAUCAGAUGUGUGGAUUUAGAUUGGGAAUCGCCGGAAUAUGAAUCGAUUCGCCGUAACAAACUUGCCUGCCUUUUAGACGGGUAUCAACGGCAGUCAUGUUCUAGGUUUUGGAUGUUUUUAAAGUGGAUGAGGCUGGCCCAAAAAUGGGGCCUCAAGUCGAUACAAAUCAUUGCACCAUUUUUUGGAGAAGCAUGCCGGGGAUCAGAGGACAUGCUUGCACAUGCACACCCGGUAAUACAAGAGCACGAACUCAAUAUAGCGAUGUAUAAGUCUUUUAACGAGCACAUGACCCUAAUCAGAGGAACUGGGUGUGGCCUAGAAUCAAUGGGGCUUUUCUCACUAUUUGGUGACGAGAGUUGGAGAAUUCCAACACCCUUUUCUCACCUGAACCAGCCGUGCAAAAACGAUGGAGAUGAAGAUGGACCUGAUGUCAAGAAGACAGUCCGUUCCUCAUCAUUUGACAGUGCGAAGCGGAAAGCAUCAACGCAAUCUCCCCACCGGAAUCAGCGGUUCAAUUAUAACGAGAUUAAAGAGAAAGUUGGGGUUGGCAAAGCAACCCAUUCCUUGCUAUUUGAUACCGAGAACAGGAAAAUACCAACCGGCCCCAUCGAACAGACUAAGCCAUGCGAUGAUAACGAGACGAAAGAUGAAUCUGAUAUAAAGAAGACAGCCCAUCCCUCGCUAUUUCACAACGAGGGCUGGAAACCGCCGACAGACUUUGUCGACCUAAAGGAGAAAGCUGACGAGCAGCUUGAGCACGACAAAACGAUGAUACUCAUGACGUGUACUGCAUUGGUUAUUGUUGCCGCGCUAAUGCUUUCUUUGUUGGGAAUUUGUAGCUAUCUUCUGGCGCAUCUUUUUCAUUUUCUCGUAUGGCUGUUAGACAGUCUACCAUGGCUAUUGGACACUCUUUCGCCCGCUUUUUAUGUCCUAGGGCGAUUUUUGUUGGGAACUUGUAGCUAUCUUCUGGCGCUUCUCAUUGAUUUUCUCGUAUGGCUGUUAGACAGUCUGGCAUGGCUAUUGGGCACUCUUUCGGCUGGAUUUUAUGGCCUGGGGCGAUGUUUGUUCUUUCUGGGGCUGCUGUUGGUUUAUUCUUGUUUGGCCGCUCUCGAUGCCUAG